AUGCUCAGCACGCCCUCCACUGCCGACUUCCUCGCGGCCCAUGUCGGCGCGCCCGAGGAGUCACGCUUUGCCGUGACGGCAGACGUACAGGCCCGCCUCUCGCGCUCGCUCUGGCAGGCGCUGCUGUCCGUCGUGCCAGCGCCGCACCUUCUGCCGCGUGCCCAGGCUCCCACUGCCGAGCAUGCCCUGGCGCUGCUCGAGGCCAGCGGCUGGCGCCUCGCCGAGGCCCAGCGGCGGGCAGCGCGUGCCGCAGCCGAGACGGCCCGCGGAGACAAGGGCAAGGGCGUCGAGGGCCGCGUCGCGGCGCCCUCUCCCGCGCUCGCUGCGUACGAGCUGGGCCCGGAGUAUGCCGAAGAGCGCAAGGGCAUGCCCUGCGGCCACGUCUUCAAGAAGGGCGAGGCCAUCUAUCGCUGCCGCGACUGCGGGCUCGACGACACCUGCGUCCAGUGUGCGCCGUGCUUCAACGCCUCGAACCACCAGGGCCAUGACAUCAUCUUCAGCGUCAGCUCCUCCAGCGGCGGUUGCUGCGACUGCGGCGACGACGAGGCGUGGAAGUGCCGCCUGGGCUGCAGCUUCCACGAGCCAGGCCCAAGUCAAGCGAGCGAUGCGCUCUCUGCCGCUGGUCCAAGCGUACAGCGCUCGCAGCAUGCAAGCGAGAUGGACGCCGACGACGACGACGGCUCUUCCGAUGUCUUCUGGAACGCCAGUGAGGACUCGAAGCAAGCACAGGCGCCCGUGCCGCCGCCCGUGCUGCCUUUCGAGAGCCUGCUGCAGCCCGUGCCUCGCGAUAUCCUCGAGAGCCUGACGGAGCACAUCUCGACGCUGCUGGCCUACGUGCUUGACACGCUAGAGCACGCGCCGGAGGACAUGAAGCUGCCUGAUGGCUCGCUGAUCCUGGACUACCUCAAGGACAUGCCGACGCUGCAGCCGUCAGAGGAGAGUACAGAGGGCAAACAGCGGCUCUAUGCUGUGGUGCUCUGGAAUGACGAGAAGCACUCGUUUAAGGAGGUGAUCGACACUGUGAUCGAUGCGACCGGCGUCUCUGAAGCGCAGGCGAAGCGUGUGGCCGAGCGGGUGGACAAGCACGGGCGCGAGGUCAUCGAGAUCUCCAGCGAGAUCCGCCGCCUGCUCAUUGUCGCGCGCAAGCUCAGCGUCAUCGACCUGGCGGUCACUGUGCGGCCAGCGUACGACAUCUUCGCCGAGGAGCUUGCGCACCAUGUGCUGUCCUUGAUCCUCGACCUCGCGAACUCGUCGCUGUUCCUGCAUCCGAGCUCUCUCGACGGCGAGAUGCAGCCGGUCCAUCCGCUCGACGGCCUGCGGCCCGACGCUGCAGUGAUGCGCGCCAUCGUUGGGCGGGUCCUGCUCGAGCGCUGGGCGCACCAGUUCCGCUUCGAACAAGGAGGCAUGACGCGACAGUUUUGGAACCCGGACGAUCUGCGCAAGAUCGACGGCCUGUUCCUGCUGGACCAGAAGAUGUGGAAGGGCGCGCGCUCGCUGGUGCGCUCCGUGUUCAUCUCCAUCAUGGGCCCGCGCGAGGUGAAGCGCGAAGUCGCGCUGCGUCUGGCUCGCAUGUACCCCAAAAUCAUCGAGACGUUCAUCCUGCGCGACCGCGAGCCGGAGCACUCGGUGCGCCUCAUGACGGUGCAGCUCUUCAGCGUGCCGUCGAUUGCGCGCGAGCUCGUCGCAAGCCACGACUACAACUUCCUGCAGAAGCUGCUCCUGAUGCUGCAGGCCGUCUUCACCGGCGGCCUGACGCAGAUGUCUCUCGAGCUCCCGCCGCUCCCACCAGCCAACGGCAUGGCGAGCCCGCAGUCGAUGCUCAUACGGCACCAGCGCUGCUACCAGAUGUUCCACGACGUGCGGUACCUCCUCGCCGCCACGGGCGUGCAGACGCUGCUUGUCGAGCAGUCGGCGCACCUCGACUACUUCCUGCCGUUCCUGGCGCUCUUCAACGGCAUCGCGCCCAACCGUCGAGCACAGGGCGAGCACGUCGAGUUCGAGUCGGAGGUCUGGGUGCCGGUGUUCCACGUUGUCACCCAGCUCGCACGCGCGGCCGCGCAGUUCGGCGCCGCCUUCUCGCGGGCAACGAGCCUUCAGCUCUCAGACGCGCUCGUCACGACUGCGCGUGUCAUCCUCAUGAACACACUCAAGCUGCACCAGAACCAGCCUGACUCGUACGAGCCCAUCGAGUCGCGCCUGGUGUCCUUCGCUGGGCAGACGUACGACAUCAUCGACUUCCACGUCGACGCGCAGCCCGUCUCGUUCCAUCAUCCGAUGCACUGGCUCCUGGCGGAGCUCCUGAAGCACGUGAACGGCACGAUCACUCCAGAGGCUCUCUCCAUGUUCGCGGUGCUGCGCAGUGCGAGGACGGACUCCUUCACUCUGCCCGACAUCUUCCCGCGAGAUGUCGACGAGUCGGCGCGUCUGACGAUCAUCGACUUCCCGCUGCGUGUCAUCGUCAAGCUCGCGCAGAUCCGCGCCGGCAUGUGGGUGCGCAACGGAUACAUGAUCCGCCAGCAGGCGCAUCACUACCGCGAGCACACCAUGCGCGACUGCAUGAGCGACCAGGAUCUGUUCCUCGUCCAGGCCGGUCUGAUGCUCGUCUCCGCCGAUCGGCUGCUCGUCUCGGUGCUUGACCGCUUCGCUCUCCGCGAGUGGUUCGACGGCGAGCGGGAGCACGAGGUGCUCUCCGAGGACCAGUGCAGCUUGAUGGUCGAAGAGCUCCUUCUGCUGCUCGUCACGCUCGUCUCCGAGACCAGCAUCGCCCAGAGCUGGGCGAUCGAGCAGCAGGUGCGCCGCGAGAUUGUGCACUUCCUCGCGCUCUCGCAGGGCACCUACUCCGACCUCACCAAGCACAUCUCCGACCGCUUCACGGACCACUCCAGCUUCGACCGCGUGCUCGCACAGGUCUCCAACUUCCGCGCGCCCGACGGCACGGCCGAUCUCGGCAUGUUCGAGCUGCGCGACGAGUGCUACGACGAGGUGCAGCCGUUCUUCUUCCACUACACGCGCAAUCAGCGCGAGAAGGCCGACGAUGUGCUGCGCGAGCGGCACCGGAAGCGCAACGGCGGGCAGCAGGCUGCAGCAGACGCAUAUGUGGCUGUACCGGCGCGACGCCUCGCACCCGGCCAGGGCAUCUUCAUCGGCAGUCUUCACUCAGCACUGACGAGCCCAGUCCUGAUCCGCAUCGCUACUGCAGCUCUGGAGCGAUGGGGCGUCUCGGGAGAUCCCGCGAUGCCAGAGCCAUACGUCGAUGCGGCGCUUCAGCUGCUCAUGCACGUGCUGAUCGAGCGAGGCGCCGAGGGUGCCCGGGCCAUGGCGCAGCCACACAAUCAAAGCCUCGGGUGCGCGAUCGACGUGCUCUGCGACCUGGAGAAGUUCAUCACCUUCAAGCCCAUCAAGGCCAAGGCGAGCUGGCUCGUCGACCGCGCUCUGGCAGAGGACCGCGAGGCCGUCGCCAAGGUGCUGCCCGCCGAUCGCGUCACCCAGGCAAAGAGCCAGGGCGCUCCUGCAGCAGAGGACCCGAAACGUGCCGCUGCCCGUGCGCGCCAGGCCGCCAUCAUGCAGCAGUUCUCGGCGCAGCAGAAGAGCCUGCUCGACGCGCUGGCCGACGAGGAGCUCGAUGAAGACGGCGCCGGCGACGGAGAAGACGUCACUAUGGCCGACGAUGACGCCCCGUCCGGCUCGACGUACCGGUCGAUGGGCGACUGCAUCAUGUGCCAGGAGAGCCUCGACGGCAGCAGUGCCUUUGGCAGCCUCGCGCUGGUGCAGUCAAGCCGCAUCCUGCGCACCACGCCUCGGCGGCAAGGCGUCUUCUUGCAGCAGGCCCUUGACACGCCGCUCACCCUUGACCGCAACGGUCCAGACGGCCGACGCGUCACCAACGCGUACCGCGAGCCCGUGCCGGGCACGCCUGCCGCCUCGUCGUCGGUGUACUACCCGGCAGAGGACCACCGCGACGGCUUCUUCGCCUCCACGUGCGGCCACAUGAUGCACGUCAACUGCUUCGACUCAUACUGUCGCAGCGUCGAGCAUCGCCACGGCCAGCAGAUUGCCCGCAACCACCCGGAGAAUCUUACGCGCCACGAGUUCGUCUGCCCGCUCUGCAAGAGUCUCGGCAACGUGAUCUUGCCUGUGCCGGACGAAGAGGCCACUGCGCCGCCGACUCUGAUCGCCAUGCCGCUGACGGAGUGGAUGCGCAAGAUCAACAUCGAGAUCCUCAAGACCUCUGCGUCGAGCGGGCCGACGGAGCUGCAGGAGCUCGAGCACGGCACGGGAUCGUUCGUGCCUUGGUACGCCGAAGAGGCGCUCGUCUGGGCGCGCGAGCAGCAAGGAGCGCAGGUCAACCUGGACCAGGCGACGUGGAAGAUGCUCGAUCGCCUUGUGCAAGUCCUGCGCCCGCUGUCGAGCCGCACUCGCCCGGCACGUGAGGCAUUCCAGAUCCGCAGCAUCCUCGCGCCGCCUGGCCGCAAGAUGUACAUGCCCGAAGAGCUCGUCGCGUACACGAUCAGCAUGCUCGAGGUCUCGCAGCGCGGCACGACGCCGACGCAGUCCGCCUCGCCCAACGCGACGGUGGCCGACAGCCUGCCGGAUCCGACGAACCAGCUGCUCAACUCGCUGCUGCACGCGCUGCGCAGCAUUGCACGCGUCGAUCACGCCGGCCCACGAGGCCUUGCAACCAUGCAGCAGGGUCUGCUCAAGCGUCUCCUGCCUCACUGGGGCAACGACGAGACGGUGCGAGGACCGCUGCUGCUGCGCGAUCCGCUCACCAUCCUCAUCGAGGCUGCCGUGUUGGCGCCGGGCAGCCUGGGCCAGAUCACGACGCUGAUGUACUACGCCACGCUCGUGCACGUCAUCUUCGGUCUUGCGCAGCCGAGCAUCUGGCCGCAGACGGCCAGUCACAUGGGACGCGCCCCGAGCGCUGGGCUGCGUCCUGCGGAGCUCGGCCCUGGCGAGGCCGAGAUGCUGCGCACAGUCUUCCCGGACGUACGCUGGACUGUGGCGAACAUCAUUGGCUUCGUCGGCUACGCACGCGGCAACAUCACGCUUGGCGUCGAUGCGCUGGACGAUGUCAGCCUGGCCAAGAUGCUCUGCACCUACACGCUGCCCUUCCUGCGCCGCGCCGCCAUUCUGCAUCGCGCCGUCGGCCUCAAGAUGGCGCCUGCCUCUGCCGCAAGCGGCACGUCCGAGUACUUGCGGCUGCUGCAUGGCCUGCAGAUCCCGCCACCGGCAGAAGGCCUGCCCGUGCGGGCAGAGCGGCAGACUGCCCUCGCCAGCAUGGUCGAGGGCUGGAUCAAGCACGCCUACACUGCCCUUGCGUCUCUCUUCCGCCCGCUGCCGAUCUACGCGCCGCCGAUCUCUGCUCUUGGCACGCCGGGGACGCACCUGCAUCCGUCAUCUGCACACCCGACGCUGCAGCUCGAGCACCCGCACAUCUACGAGCUCGUGCAGCUGCCGCGCGACCUCGCCACGCUGCUGCAGGACACGCAGCGGCGCAUCUGCAAGCGCUGCAAAGAGGCGCCGCCGGAGCCGGCCGUGUGCCUCGAGUGCGGCGACGUGCUGUGCGUGCAGUGCUUCUGCUGCCAGGACGAGCAGUCGGAGCGCGGCGAGUGCAACCGGCACCUCGAGGAGUGCGGCGGCGCCACGGGCGUCUUCUUCAAGGUCAAGACGAACAUCAUCGUGCUGCUGUACGCCGGCAACGGCUCCUACACGACGUCGCCGUACCUCGACACGCACGGCGAGUUCGACAUUGGCCUGCGCAAGGGCCGCCCGCAGCACCUGCACGCGCAGCGCUACGACGAGCAGCGCAAGCAGUGGCUCACGCAGUCCGUGCCGCACGUUGUGGCGCGCAAGCUGGAGAGCGUCAUGGAUCAGGGCGGCUGGAGCACACUGUAG